AUGAACCCCCCCGAUCAACACCAUAUCCUACACGCCAAACCUAUUCACCCUGAAGAUGGACGGAUCUUUGCACGACCCUCAAUUCCCGAACGCCAGGAAUCUCUGCUCACCCGUGCCCUGAAGAGCAGUCCCGAAAUGUCUCCUAUCGAACCUCAAACCCCUCUACACGACUCGACCUAUACCUACCGUUCCUACCCCCACAGCAACAUCAGCGGCCUUUCAACCGCUGAGCUCACCAGCGAUGGUGGUCUUACAAGCCCCUCUCUGUCCAACACCCCGAGUCCGCCACUCCCGUCUCAGAUGAUGUCUAAGAAGAAUGCUACACCGAAGAUCAAGGUUGUCAACGCCAGUGAGACUACCGUCGAGGCUAACCUUGGACGCAAGCGUUGCAUCAGCUUUGCCUGCGGCCACAAGAAGCCAACCAUUCAACGCGAACGCUCUCCUGUGCGCAAGGUUGCAUUCCGAUCUCGAUGCCGCGGAUCUCCCGCCCCCGUGUCCCGUAAAGUUUCGCCACCCGCUGAGAGCUCAAAGGCCGUCGAGUUUACUACUAUGUCUCAAACCACCGCUAUUACUCUUUCGAAAGCAGUCCCGACGAGUGGACUGGGCAAGUUUGAGGAAUCCGAGGCUACUCGUUUCCAUGAAUUUGCUAGUUCUAUGGAUGAGGAUGACGAAUGGGUGAACAGGGCAACGGACUACAAGGAAAAGAUUACUCUGAAUGACUGCAUGAAAAAGGAAAUCGCCAUUCGUCGACUUGGCGAGGAGGCUGAGGAGGAAGCCGAAGACGAGGACGACGACGAUGACCUGGACUUGGCGGACGAUGACUCAACGGUCCACGACUUUUCUGAUGACGAUGGAAAUGAGUCGGAUAACGAGGCUGGUUUUGCCGAAUCAGAUGAAAGCGACGAUGACGGCUCUGACUACGAGUUUUGGGCCCCAUCUGCUGCCGCCUCUGACUCAAAUGUCCCAUCUAUCGAGGUGUUCCCCACCACGAUGGAGCGACGUGCAUCCAACACCUCGUUUGAUUCCAUGACCGACGAUCACCAGAAGUGGCUGCCCGCACCUGUACAACGGUCUGGCCGUCGACCCUCUCGUACCGCUCCUAGACCUAUCAAGAUGCGCCCAGGUACCCCGAACCUGCCCGACAGCACAGAUUUUGUGUGUGGCACUUUGGAUGAGGAUCGCCCUCUUGAGGCUGCCUACAAGUCCUGCAUAGAGCAACGCCGCCUUUCAAAGCAGGUUAUGAUUCCGCAAGAUAUCGACCCUAGCUUCCCGACCAGUGACCCCGAGGACAAUGGUGACCUGGAGGACAUCUCGGAAAGUGCGUUGGACAGUGUUGUGCUGGAGCCCACUCGGGGUCGGGCCGAUAGCCCGGCCGGCAAGGCUUCGCCGCGCCACUCGCCGAAGCGCAUGGUGUCGCCGCCACCGCCCUCUCGCCGGGCCGGACGCACGUCGCCCAAGCGACUCAAGUCUCCCCCUCCCCGUAUCCGAGCCAAGUCGCCCUCGCCUGAGAAGUUUGAACUGCCAGACGACAUGCCCGAGAUCAACUCACCUCACGGUGUCAACAUCAGCCACCUGGUCCAACGGCCACAUAUUGUCCGGACCAAGUCUUUGCCUCGGACACCGAACCCGUUCUUCACCAGCAUGGACAAGUCACACCGCUGGCAGGGUAUUCCUCCCCUGAUUGAGUCACCCGAGCGGGAACACUCGCGCACCCGUGAGCCUCUUCACACCCGGGGCCCGAUCGACAUUGUCGAGGGUCUUGAAAAGAAGCGCCAAAAGCGCAAAGAGAAAUUUUGGCGCCAACACUGCCGCAAAGCAGCUAAAGAGCAGGCAGUUCGGCGGCCGAUUAAAGGCAAGGGAGCCGAACGGAUGAAGGAGCUUGGCCUCGAAGUUGCUGAGAGGUGCAGAGCUUAUGGUGUCGGACAAGACACCCAGCUCGUCCUAUCCGUUUGA